AUGAAGUCCCAGGCAACCAUGAUUUGCUGUUUAGUGUUAUUUAUGGCCACAGAAUGUUCCCACUAUCGAUCCAAGAUUCACAGAAAAGAUGGAGAUAAACUUCCAAGCCCUGAAGAAAAACCCAAGACUGGAAGGAUACAAGAGAAAUGCCAUGGAUCUUGCAUCUCUUUUUCCAACUGCAGCCAGCCUUGUGCUAAGCGCUUUCAUGGAGAAAUAGGAUUUACAUGUAAUCAAAAGAGGUGGCAAAAAUCAACCGAGACUUGUACAAGCCUUUCCAUGAAAACACUCUUUAAGGACUCAAAUGGUGCAUCUCGCCUUUCCAUAGCAGCACCGUCUAUACCUCUGCACAUUCUUGACUUUCGAGCUCCGGAGCCCAUUGAGAGCGUAGCUCAAGGAAUCCGCAAGAACUGCCCCCUUGAUUACGCCUGUAUAAUUGACGUUGUGAAGUCAUCAGAAGUCACAUCAGGAAAUAUUGCAUUUAUAGUGGAAUUAUUAAAAAAUAUUUCUAGGGACUUGUCCGAUAAUGUUACCCAAGAGAAAAUGAAGAGCUACAGUGAAGUGGCCAACCACAUCCUCGACCCAGCAGCCAUUUCAAACUGGGCUUACAUUCCUGAUGAAAACGCCGGUUCGGAUCUGCUGCAGUCAGUGAAUUUAUUUGCCGGGCAACUCCACAUCCACAAUGAAUCCGAAAACAUUGCAGAUGAACUCUUCAUUCAGACAAAAGGGUUUCACAUCAACCACAACACCUCAGAGAAGAGUUUCAGUUUCUCUAUGAGCACAAACAAUAAAACAGAAGGUAUCUUAGGAAUGAUAGAAAUUCCCAGGCAAGAACUCCGGAAGCUGCCACCAAAUGCAUCCCAAGCCAUCAGCAUGGCUUUUCCAACCUUGGGGGCCAUUCUGAAAGAAGCCCACUUGCAAAAUGUGAGUCUUCCCAGACCAGUAAAUGGUCUGGUCCUUUCAGUAGCUUUACCAGGAAGGUUGAAAGAAGUGUUACUCACCUUUGAAAAGAUCAAUAAAUCCCGAAAUGCCAGGGCCCAGUGCGUUGGCUGGCAUUCCAGGAAAAGGAGAUGGGACGAGAAAGCAUGUCACAUGACGUCAGAUAUCAUGAACAAAGUGAAAUGCCGCUGCAACUAUACCAACGUGGUGAUGUCUUUUUCCAUUCUGAUGUCCCCCAGAUCUAUCACAGACAAAGUCCUGGACUACAUCACCUGCAUCGGGCUCAGCAUCUCAGUCCUUAGCUUGGUUCUUUGCCUGAUCAUUGAAGCCACAGUGUGGUCCCAGGUGGUUGUGACAGAGAUAUCAUACAUGCGUCAUGUGUGUAUUGUGAACAUAGCAGUGUCACUCCUGAUUGCUAACGUGUGGUUCAUCGUAGGCUCUAACUUCAAUCUAAAGGCCCAGGACUACAACUGGUGUGUUGCAGUGACGUUUUUCAGCCAUUUCUUCUACCUCUCUCUGUUUUUCUGGAUGCUCUUCAAAGCACUACUCAUCAUCUAUGGAAUAUUGGUCGUUUUCCGUAGGAUGAUGAAGUCCCGCAUGAUGGCCAUUGGCUUUGCCAUUGGCUAUGGGUGCCCACUGGUCAUUGCUGUCACCACAGUUGCUAUCACAGAACCAGAUAAAGGCUAUGUGAGACCUGAGGCCUGCUGGCUUAACUGGGACAACACCAAAGCCCUUUUAGCAUUUGCCAUCCCAGCUUUGGUCAUUGUGGCCGUGAAUCUCGUUGUGGUUUUGGUUGUUGCUGUCAAUACUCAGAGGCCCUCUAUUGGCAGUUCCAAGUCUCAGGAUGUGGCCAUAAUUAUGAGGAUUAGUAAAAAUGUUGCCAUCCUUACCCCACUGCUGGGACUGACCUGGGGUUUUGGGAUAGCCACUCUCAUAGAAGGCGCUUCCUUGAUGUUCCAUAUAAUCUUUGCCCUGCUCAAUGCUUUCCAGGGUUUCUUCAUCUUGCUGUUUGGAACCCUUAUGGAUCACAAGAUAAGAGAUGCUUUGAGGAUGAGGAUGUCUUCACUGAAGGGGAAAGCGAGGGCAGCAGAGAAUGCAUCAUUAAGCCCAACCAAUGGACCUAAGUUAGUGAAUCGCUGA